AAAUUCGAAUGUUUGCCUGAUACAUAUCAUCAUGAGUUAUUUCCUUGCAUCCUGCCUCGGUGUGGGCUUACUUUCUACAGUUUCUUGUUCUCUUCAAGGAUUGACCAGUCAUUACAGAGAAAAUAUUCCCCGUUUCAAGCAUGUAGCAAACGAAAGAUACGAAGUAUUUCUUGGAGAUGAGAUAAAAUUUGACUGUCAAACCGCGGCGUCAAAGAUUUCUGCCUUUGUCGAAUGGUAUCGUAAUGACAAGUUACUCAAAAAUGAUCAAAUAGAUAAAGACAAAAUUCGGAAAGAUAAUAACAGGAUGAUGCUUCACUUGAAGAAUAUUGAUGUUUCAGAUCAGGGUCUUUGGUCUUGCCGCGUACACAACGCAUAUGGACAAAUAUCACGAAAUUUUACAGUUGAAGUUAUUGACUUUUGUGAUUACUUCCUGUUUCCCGAUAUUCAUCAUUUGAACAUUCCGAUGGAAUGUGUUUGUUUAUGGAAAUACAACAAAGAAGCAAAACGAUCUGAUGUGAACUAUGCAGCGGUAACAGGAGAAGUCUGCUCAAAGUACGCAUCUCGCAUGAUAAAUAGAGCACGAAAACCGUUGCCAAUGAUUCCUUGCUUUGGUGAUCACUGCAAAGAAUUUGACACUACUCCUGUUUCGGAUUUUGGUUUACCUGGGAAACCCGAGGACGAUCCUUUAGUAAAGCGUGUUGUUUUGAAAAAAGAUGAUGUGAUUGUGCCCGUGCAUGACUCUGAAGAAAGUCCAUCCGAAUCCAGAACCGAAUUUAUCAAUGCUGAUGAAAAAGAAAACAAAGAAGACGAAGAAGAAGACUAUAGUGUUUCACAACCGGUUGCUCCAGAUGCGGGGCUCACUGAGCUGAAUAUUACUGCGGAAGAGCCACCAUAUUUCAAGUCAAACGACAACAUUGUAUUGUUUAAUGAAACGCAUGCUCUACCAGCAGGACGAACAUUGAAACUUAAUUGUCGCGCAAAAGGAUACCCUGAGCCACAGAUUAUCUGGUACAAAAACGGCAAAAUGUUGAAGAAAAGUAGUGCUCGGUCCGGCGGAUACGAAUUCAAGUUCAAUAGAUGGUCUUUAGAAGUGGAAGAUGCUGUCGUAGCAGAUUCUGGGGAGUUUCAUUGUGAAGCAUUGAACAAAGUUGGAAGUGCAAAAAAGUAUUUCCAUGUGAUCAUAGUCAACAGAAUGAGAAGACCGCCCAUUAUCGUUCCGAAUAUUUUGGCUAAUCAAUCAGUAAAUAUUAAUGACACUGCCACAUUCCACUGCAAAGUUGUCUCUGACUUAUUGCCUCAUAUUAUUUGGGUACGCAUCAACAAAAUCAAUGGGUCGUAUAGCUACUACAACAAUUCAGCUGAAGAGUAUAUGUUCAAUUACACAGAGAUGGACACUUUUGAUAAAGCGCACGUCCAUCACGUUGGUGAUGAAUCGACGCUUACUAUUUUCAAUGUGUCGCUGGAUGAUCAGGGAAUAUAUGCUUGUCUCAGUGGAAACUCACUGGGGAUGUCGAUGGCGAAUGCCACUUUAACGGUGAAUGAGUUUAUGGCCAUACAUUUGCUCACUGGUGACGAACCGAAGAUAGAUAGAUGGACAACAUCCGAUUAUAUAUUUACAACAAUUCUGCUUUUCUUACUGCUUGCUGCAACAUUAUUUGGAAUUUUGUUUAUGGUGUGCAAACAAACACUACACAAAAAAGGAUUCAUGGAUGAUACUGUUGGAUUAGUGGCAAGAAAAAAAAGAGUCGUAGUUAGCAAAAGGCCAAUGAAUGAAGAUAAUGAGAAUUCGGAUGAUGAGCCAUCACCUUAUCAAAUUCAAAUAAUAGAGACUCCAAUUACAAAGAAAGAAGCAGCGAGAAAACAAAGAAAACGUAUGAAUUCAGAAAACACUGUUCUUUCGGAAUACGAGGUUGAUUCGGAUCCAGUUUGGGAAGUUGAAAGAUCAAAAUUGAGUUUGGUUCACAUGCUUGGCGAGGGAGCAUUUGGAGAAGUUUGGAAAGCAACAUACAAAGAAACAGAAAACAAUGAAAUCGCAGUUGCUGUCAAAAAAUUGAAAAUGUCAGCUCACGAAAAAGAGCUCAUUGACUUGGUCAGUGAAAUGGAAACAUUCAAAGUUAUAGGAGAACAUGAGAACGUGUUGCGAUUGAUUGGAUGCUGUACAGGCGCUGGUCCGCUUUAUGUCGUUGUUGAGCUGUGCAAGCAUGGGAAUUUGCGCGAUUUCUUGAGAGCACAUAGACCUAAGGAAGAGAAGGCAAAAAAGUCCAGCCAAGAAUUGACGGAUUAUUUGGAACCACGAAAAGCAUCUGAUAAGGAUGACAUUGAGCUCAUACCAAAUUUGACACAACGCCAUCUUGUACAAUUUGCUUGGCAAGUGGCUCAAGGAAUGAACUUCUUGGCAUCAAAGAAGAUCAUACAUCGUGAUUUGGCAGCAAGAAAUGUUCUCGUCGGUGAUGGACACGUUCUGAAAAUAUCGGAUUUUGGACUAUCGAGAGAUGUGCACUGUAACGAUUAUUAUAGAAAACGUGGAAACGGCAGACUUCCCAUUAAAUGGAUGGCUUUAGAAGCGUUGGACUCAAAUGUAUACACCGUGGAAAGUGAUGUAUGGUCAUAUGGAGUUCUCCUUUGGGAAAUCAUGACACUUGGUGGAACUCCCUAUCCAACGAUUGCCAUGCCUGAACUCUAUGCUAACCUCAAAGAAGGAUACAGAAUGGAGCCACCACAUUUAUGUCCCCAAGAAGUCUACCAUUUGAUGUGCAGCUGCUGGAGAGAAAAAUUGGAAGAACGACCAUCUUUUAAAACAAUCGUAGAUUAUUUGGAUUGGAUGUUAACAAUGACAAAUGAGACUAUUGAGGGAUCACAAGAAUUUAAUGAUCAAUUUUUCUCCGAAAGAUCCACGGCAUCAGGUCCAGUUUCUCCUAUGGAGUCAUUCCAGAAAAAGAGAAAACAUCGCCCUCUUUCAGCUCCAGUGAAUCUUCCAUCAGAGCCACAACACACAAUUUGCGACGACUAUGAGUCCAAUUUUUCUGUAGAACCACCCAAUGAUCCGAAUCAUCUCUACUGCAAUGACAAUAUGCUGAAAAAUCACAUUAUUACACCGGAAACCUCUCAACGUAUUCCAUCAAACAACAAUAGCAUGAGCAAACCCGAAUUUUGACCGUUUUUAGUGUACAUCCACAAAGUGCUCAACGAACCAAUCGGAAACGGGUAUGUUCGACAAGAUAAAUUAGCUCGUGCCGUCAGCGGUGUUGCCAACCAAUCUCUCGACUCUGCCCUCGGUUCACCAGCUUGGCCUUCGUACGACCGUCCCUCUAACAAAGCUUCUUGUUUAGAUGAUGAGAAGCAUCACUACUAUUACUCAUAGUAGUCUCUCCGCCGUUAUCAGAUGUCAUUUAAAAGUCCAUUGUGAUCAAACUCACCAGUAUUAUAAUACAACGUCUAAAAUUCAAUAUCUUCAUUUUACCUUCGAUGAUCCAGAUUGUAUGACUAGAUCAAGAGAUUCUGCAAUAUUCGAGGAAUCAUAUCAUCCUAACUAUAUCCAGUCACAUCCACUCUACUCGAAAAUCAUAAUCAAAAAGAACAUGACGCCUCGCAACCCGUUGCCGACAAAGGAAACUAUUGUCUAACUUCGUUUUUGACUACUUUUUUCGUCCUCUUUUCUUUGUUUGCUGCUUGCUAUGAUCUAGUCAUUUUUGACCAGAUUUCUGCUUUACUUUUCCUUCUCCACACUUAUGCUCAGUUUUCAUUCAUGUUUAAAUUGAUACACUUAAUAAUUGUUUUUACAGAGCGUUUGUUUUUUGUUGUCUAUAAUGUUUUUAUUUUAUGUGCGCUUUGAAAUUCAAUUGAAAAAUUCACAAUAAAACAUAUAGUCUUGAAUAAAACUAAUUGUGUUACAGAA